UGGAUGGUGUGACAAAAAAAGGGAAGGGUUUGUGCUUUCCUCUUUUCAGUAUUAUGAAUGAAAGUCUGUGCUUCGAUGUUAGCCCUGAAGUAAUUUUCAUCAGAAAAUAACAACACGGUACAGACUGCGAGCUGAACUAAGCUCGGAUAAAUUAGUUCAAGAUGUCUGCGAGUGCGGUGUAUGUCUUGGAUUUAAAAGGAAAGGUCCUGGUGUGCCGAAAUUACCGGGGAGAUGUGGACAUGUCAGAGAUCGAGCACUUCAUGACCCUUUUGAUGGACAAAGAGGAGGAGGGGACACUCUCUCCAAUCCUGGCCCACGGAGGAGUCCGUUUCAUGUGGAUUAAACACAAUAACCUCUACUUGGUUGCAACAUCCAAGAAAAAUGCUAGUGUCUCGUUGGUCUUCUCCUUCUUGUACAAAAUUGUUCAGGUAUUUUCAGAGUAUUUCAAAGAAUUGGAGGAAGAGAGCAUCAGAGAUAACUUUGUCAUCAUAUAUGAGCUUAUGGAUGAGCUGAUGGACUUUGGCUAUCCUCAGACCACAGACAGCAAGAUUCUACAAGAAUACAUAACCCAAGAGGGGCACAAGCUUGACACUGGCGCCCCAAGACCCCCUGCCACUGUCACCAAUGCUGUGUCUUGGAGGUCAGAGGGCAUCAAGUACAGGAAGAACGAGGUCUUCCUGGACGUCAUUGAGUCAGUCAACCUCCUGGUUAGUGCCAACGGUAAUGUCCUCCGCAGUGAGAUUGUUGGCUCAAUUAAGAUGCGAGUCUUCCUGUCUGGAAUGCCUGAGUUGCGGUUGGGCCUUAAUGACAAGGUUCUGUUUGAAAACACUGGACGAGGGAAGAGUAAAUCAGUGGAGCUGGAGGAUGUGAAGUUCCACCAGUGUGUCCGUCUGUCUCGUUUCGAGAACGACCGCACCAUCUCCUUCAUUCCUCCUGAUGGAGAAUUCGAACUCAUGUCCUACCGCCUCAACACUCAUGUGAAGCCCUUGAUCUGGAUUGAAUCUGUUAUUGAGAAGCACUCCCACAGUCGGAUAGAGUACAUGAUCAAGGCGAAGAGCCAGUUCAAAAGGCGUUCCACAGCCAACAACGUGGAGAUCCACAUUCCUGUGCCAACGGACGCUGACUCACCCAAAUUCAAGACCACAGUGGGCAGCGUGAAGUGGGUGCCUGAGAACAGCGAGAUCGUCUGGUCCAUCAAGUCGUUCCCUGGUGGAAAAGAGUAUUUAAUGCGAGCCCACUUUGGUCUGCCGAGUGUGGAGGCUGAGGACAAGGAGGGGAAGCCACCAAUCAGUGUCAAGUUUGAGAUCCCAUACUUCACCACCUCAGGCAUCCAGGUGCGUUACCUGAAGAUCAUUGAGAAGAGUGGAUAUCAGGCUCUGCCGUGGGUGCGCUACAUCACCCAGAAUGGAGAUUACCAGCUCCGGACUCAGUAGGCAGGUGGAAAUCAGAGGGGGCGGAGUCAAUCCACAUGUCUGCUGUCGAUGGCAGGUGUCAGUCAUGAGAUCAACUGUCAGUAUCUACUUUUUAUUUUGUUUUGUUUUUUAUUUGUUGAAGGUUUAUUAAUUUCUGAUCAAUGCAAAUAUUAGAUGGAGCCUUCGGUUAGAAAAAAAAAAAGAAUAAUUACGUUGUACUACUGUGUGGCUCCUAAUGUGAGCGAGGCCAAUAAAAGAAGGAGAUAAGUUUACAUCCAACCUAAGAGAUAUAUCUAUCACAGUGGGUCAGAUGGUUUCAAACAGUUUGUUACAUUUGCCAUCAAAAGUUACUGUAAUCACCUCCACAGGUAAAAGAAAACAUGCUCCGGUCAGUCUGAUAUGAAGCUGCUUUGUUCUGCCACAAUUCCAAUUUGUUGAUUAUCUGUAUAUAUUUGUUAAAUGUUAAUUCAGUGUUAUUUGUUGUAAAUUUCAAAGCUUACUCUUCUUCUUUUUGUACAAUUACCUCCAUGUGAUGCCAUUGAUAUACGCCAGAGCGAUGCCUUCCUGCAUGGCUGUUGUGCUUUCUAUCUGUCAGUGUGACUCCUCGGACAUUCAGCUUUGCAUAAAACCAUGAAGUGCAGACAUUUGGGUUAAAAAGUGAAGCGAAUACCUGUUACAAACCCCAGUCCUCCACCCAGACUCCUGUGUCCCCUUUCCCCCAAUGUGUAGCCACGCUGUUUUAAAUCAUUAAAUGUCUAUUUAGAGAAAAGUU